UAUUAUUUUUUAUUAUUAUUAGAAUUUUGUGCUGAGAAUCAGGCCAUAAGCGUACGUGUGGCUGAGCAGGACCUUACCUUCAGAGCCUUGCUCCAUUUUUGGUUGGUUAGAGAAGAAGGAAACCAUGGCUGCAACCUUGUUGUUUUCGUGCACUUCGAGCUUAAUCCAUGCUUCACACUCCACAUUAUUUCUAGGUGUUAGGCGAAGGACACUGUAUCUGAAUCAAUCAAUCGGAAUAACUCAUGGAAGCCGGAAAAUACACCAUAGAUUUGUAUUGGUUGCGGCAACCGAAGGUUCUGCAAAAUCCAGCAAGUCCGAAGAAAGUAUCCCAUCUUGGGCCAGACCAGAUUCUGAUGAGCCCCCUCCUUGGGCUCGAGAUGAAGCCAAUGGAAAUGACAAUUCAGUAAAGCAAAGCGUCGAGCUUCCCUUUUUCGUUUAUUUACUUGCCUCAGCAAUUACAGCAAUUGCUGCCAUAGGUUCUGUGUUCGAGUAUGUGAAUAAAAAUCCAGUUUUUGGAAUUCUUAACUCCGACAGCAUCUUCUACGCUCCAGUGCUCGGAUUCUUUGCGUUUACUGGCAUCCCCACUUCUGCAUUUUUGUGGUUCAAAUCCGUUCAAACUGCUAACAAAGAAGCUGAGGAACAAGAUAAGAGGGAUGGAUAUCUUUAAACUUUUAUCUUUGUUGGUACAUGAGUACCUCUCCUGAAUUUUCAAUUCACUUUUGCUUCUCCUAUUACAUUUGUGCAGUUUACCUGUGAAUGUCUUAGGUUAUACUUAUUGUGAAUACUACAAUUACCUUAGAGAACCAUUUGUAUUCUGACCUCAUACUCAAGAAUAUUUUAUAUUUCUCAACAAUGAGAUAUGUCCAGGUUAAUUUGCUGGGUAACCGGACCUGUUUCUCUAUCGUGUGUACAAGAAUGAUAGUUAUUCUAUAAGAACAGGAAACUGUUCUUGGAUCA